AUGGCUAUAAGUUAUUCAUUUCCAGCUCCAAUUCCAAUCAGACGGCCUGCAGCCAAUAGACUACUGGUGAUGAGGGCUCAUAAUCAAAUCUCAGUUAAUGGAAACCCUCUUCAGAUCAGAUCAUUUUCCAAGAAUAAGGUUUUUGAAGAUCUGUCAGCAGGUAUUGUUUGUUAUCGAGAUGAAAAUGGAGAUAUAACAUGUGAAGGAUUUGAUGAGGGACCUCGUCUUCAUCAGCAAUUAUCAAGGUUUACUUGUAAUUCAAGAGACAUCGAAAUUGUUGAGCUUCUUCGGAGAUGUUGGGAUGGGAUCAAGUAG